GGAUUCUUUUUUACAACAAAUAUUUGCAUUGUAAGGCGUAAAAGUGACGUAACAUUUAAAAUCACACCAAGUAGAAAUCCAGCAACGCUUCAGCAGUCUUCUUUUGUUGCGCUGAUUUAUAAUAAGGGUCACCAACAAAAUUAACAGUGCAACAACCACAGAGUUCAAACAUUAUUUAUUAUUUAUCUUUGAUAACAGCCUACAUUUAUGAACCAAACCGCUGAUGCCACCAAAAGGGAACGCCGGGGCGCUGUUGCCAUGACAACGUAAACAGUGAGAAGGAACUUUUUGUCAGCAACAACACCGAUAUUUCUGUAAGUGAAGCCCAAACCAAGAAGCAAACACAAUGAUUCCACCAGCCGAGUCUCUCCUGAAAUAUGAAAAUCCAGUUUUGAUCAGCAAAAGCACAGACAGAAAAUCACCAAAGGGACGUCCUUUAAGAGUGAGCCCUCAGCAGCCUGCUAACUCUACCCCUGUUCCACCACCUCCUAAACUCAAAUCAGCCACUACUGAUGCCACCAAGCAGGAAAAUGAGGAGAUCCUGAACGCCAUCCUUCCACCCAGGGAAUGGAUGGAGGGAAACCAACUGUGGGUGCAGCAAGUGUCCAGCGCACCUUGUACAAGAACAGAUGUUAUUCACCUAGAGGAACAGCUGGACAUAAAGCUGCAGCAAAGGCAGGCCAGAGAAACCGGGAUCUGCCCGGUCCGCAGGGAGCUCUAUUCCCAGUGCUUUGACGAGCUGAUCAGACAGGUGACCAUCAACUGUGCUGAGAGGGGUCUGCUGCUGUUGAGGGUCAGAGAUGAGAUACAAAUGACUAUUGCUGCCUACCAGACACUGUAUGAAAGCAGCGUGGCUUUUGGAAUGAGGAAAGCACUGCAGGCUGAGCAGGGCAAGGCUGACAUGGAGAAAAGAAUCUCUGAUCAGGAGGAUGAGAAACAAGAUCUGAUGAAGCAACUGAAUGAACAGAAAGCUAAAUGUGAUGCCAUUGAAAAGAGAGAAAAUGAAAGGCGACAGGUGGAGGAAAAGAAGCACACUGAAGAGAUUCAGUUCUUGAAGAGAACCAACCAGCAGCUCAAGACCCAACUGGAAGGGAUUAUUACACCAAAGAAGUAACUUUGCCAAACAAGAUCUGAGUUGCCAUUUCCCAGUACAGAAUGUCUCUUUCUAAAUUAUAUUAAUUAAUGUAAACUUAACUGAGUGUAAUAAGCAAAUAUUUUUAUUACAGCAUGGCAUGAUAAGUACAGUUCAUACAACCGUACAUUUCUCUUUAACAUCAAGAGAGCAUUACACCUGUAAAUGAUGAAUGAAAUGUCAUUCAAAAACAGUUCUGGGUUGAAGGACAGUCAGGGCCAAGAUAAGGCAUCAUGUGGCCACAUGAUAAAGACCAUUUAACACUUAGUUAGCAUUCCACCUUCUAUCAACUCUGCAUUUUCAAUAAAAAUCUGUCCUUUUUGGCUAGUUUAAAUAAAGAUUUAUUACAAACUUUA